AUGCUCGGCGGGCCCGACCGUCAGCGCCGCGGAUGCUGCGCGCUCGGCCGCCGGCGGAGGAGCCGCGACCCCGCGGGGUGCGGGGCCUCGGGCGCCCGGCUGGACCCGGUGGUGGACGGCGGGGAGUACGCGGGGGCAAACGGGGCGCGGAACGGGACGCAAGCCCGGGGCCGGAUGACCCGCCGCUCCCCCGGGUCCUGGCGCUUUCUCCCCGCUCCCGCCCUCUGUCCCUGCGCUCGUGGCCCGCCCGCGCCCCCGCCCCCGAGGGAGCUGCCUCCCGCCUCCGCCCGAGGCCGCACGUGGGGUCCCGGCCUCCAGACCCCGCAGGGUCCGAGGGCGCGGGCCCAGGGCAGUAGCGUUCCCCCAAGCCCCGCUGCCGGCCUCCUGCGGCAGCUCCGGGUGGAUGAGCCCUACUCCCCACGGAGCCCCACCCGUCCUCUCUGUCCGUGCAUCUGCCGACGGACGUCCGGGCUCUUCCCGCAGUCCGGCUGUCGUGGGCGUCGCUGCUGUGAACUCUGGGGGGCAGGGGCCCCUUCGGGUCACUCUGUCUUCAUCUUUGGGAGCGGCGGCGCCAGCUUGUGUUCCCGCCAGCCGUGCAGGAGGCCCCCCUUUCUCCGCACCUCGCCAGCACCUGUCGUUCCCCGACUGGCUGGUUGUAGCCGUUGUUGUAGCCGUUGUGACGACCAUGAGGUGGGGUCUCACUGCGGUGUUGCUCUGAAUGUCCCGGAUGCUGAGCGAUCCGCCCUGCCCAUUCCCACAUCUUCAGAUCGGAAGACCUGCCGCCACAGGCCCUGUGUUUGGGGGAACCGGCCGGGAUGGCUGAGGGUCCACAUCGAGGCCCAGGAGAAUGGACAGGCAAGAGUGCAUCCUUUCAGCCCGCUGGCCCACACCCGGUCUCCGGUGAGCACCUUGGCAAGCCUCAUCCGUGAGAUGGUGGCAGCAGCACGGCUGGCCUCCGCAGCCAGUGUUGCAGAUUCCAGAAGCGCUCAAAGACAGUGGCUUCCUCGAAGUUCCUUCGCGUUUGGCGAUGUGCGCUGCUGGCCGUGGAUCCGAGUGGAGACGUGGCUGGGGCGGGUGUGUUCCGAGCACGGCUGGGGUCCAGGGGUCCAGCUUCCCGGGCGCGCCUCCCUCGGUGGGCUGUGCGUUUCAGCGUGCCGUCUCCAGAAGCUCCCGCAGACUUCCCGGAGCGCGGCCCUCGCUGGAGGCUUUACUGCGGAAACAGGUGUCACCACGUCCCUGCACGUCUGACUGCGUCUGUGGACACUUCGGGCCUCGGCACAGCCCUCCCUGGGACUGUUUCGUCGCUGCGCAGAGAGCCGGCUCCUGGCAGCAGCCGCGUUCAGGAUGCGUCAGGCCCGGGCUCAGCCACGUGCCGUCUGGCCCCCGGGCCCUGGGUGGGGAGCACGACACCACCCAGGGUCACGAGGAUCGGGGCUGACUCACCUGGUACCUGAGGGCCCGGCUGUCUGGCUGAUGCUUUAGGCAGCACACAACAACAAGGAGUGUGCAAGAGGUGUGCAAGCAGUGUGCAAGGAGCAGGGCCCGUGGGUCUCCACUCCUCUGACCUCAUCCCUGUCUGAGCUCCACGCCCACCGGGCUACGCGGGCUUCUCGCUUCUCGAAUUUAACCUGCGCGGGAUCUGGUCCUCUUCCCCUUCGGGGGGGUUAAGGGGGCGGGUGAGCAGCGGGUGCCCGUGCGGCUCAGGCCGGGCCACAUCUCCCCUCCUUCUCCUCUCAGAGCCCCCCAACCCAGGUGGCCCCAACCUUCCUUGCUGCUGAGGUCCCUGUCUGGGCUCAGGGGCCCUGGCUCCGCAGGGACAGCUCAGUCACGUCUGUCCAGUCGCAUCCGGGGAGCCCGUGGAGGUCCUUGAGCAGUGACCGCUGAGGACAAGAAUGCUUCGUGGCCAAGGGCAGUGCCAUUUGCAGCUCAGGGGUCAGCCGUUCCUGAAGAAUCCCUGGGACUCAGCAGGUGUGGGACGUAGGGAGGUUUCUUAGCCUCUCCAUGCCUGAGUCCUCACUGGGGACAAGGGAGGCAAGGAGGUCAGCUGGGGCCCUGCAGAAGACCAGGCGAUUCUGUGGGCAGACAGAGGCGGCCAGUGACUCUUGGCACCACUAGUCAGCAGGGUGAUGCAAGCGCCACCCCAGGGCCACGCCUCACGUGCCUGUUAGAAUGGCUGCUGGAUGGAGGGCCGAGCACACCAAGUGAAACUCCUGUGCUGGGCUAGAGAUCUGCCGGCUUACGGUGGAGUGACGACCGAUACACCCUCCGUAAGCUGAAACUACUGUAAGUGGGAAGUGCAUUUACUACACUCAGCUCACAGCACAUCACAGUUUGCCUGGCCUACCUUCAGCUGCUGGGAAGGCUUCUGUUCACCUGCCGCUGGGCAGAAUCACCUCACGCGGCCUGUCUUAGGAAAGUGUCGAGUAGCUCGUGACGGUUGUCCCUGUGUCUGUUGGCCGCUGAGCCUCGGGACCGCCAGCUGCCCAGCAUCGCGGGAGUGGACUGUACGCAGGAUCCCCUGCCCAGGGAAAGACCCACAUUCAAAAUCUGAAGUUUGGCCUCUACAGAACGCACGUUGCUUUCACACGGUCACAAAGCUCAGAAAACAGUAAUUCAAACCAGCGCAAGCUGGGGACUGUCUGUAUAAAAGGAAAGAACCACUUUUGAGGAUAGUUUGGUAUUUUCUUAAAAAGCGGACGUGCCCUUGCCGUGGGGUCCAGAUGUUCCCGCCCUGGGUGCUGACCCAGGAGAAAAGCCAGUCGGCGGCCACCCGGAGACCCGCGUCCAGACGCGCAAGCGGCUUCACGAGACAUGCGUCAUCGGGAGGCGGAUGGAAGAGCAAGCUGGGAUUUUGAGUCGCGGACGCCCCUCGGCGAGAGAGGGGGGGUUGACGAUCCGUCACCGACACACGCUCGGGCACCGGAGCUCUCCACGUGCCACGCUGGGGGAGGGAGCC